GGGGGGGUGGCGUCGGUGGGGGGGCGGCCCAAGUGGCCCGAGGACCCCCCCCAUGGAAAACCAGCUAUGGCAUGACCACCUGGGGUGCUGCAGUCAAUACCAGGAAAGCCCUCAGGAUGCGGAGAACAUCCUGCUCCUGCUGCUGGGCCUCACCGUUCUCGUCAACAUCAGCAUCAACGUGGCAACCGUGAUGUGGCAUGGGCUCCAGAAUGCCUUAGACAAGAUGAUCUGCUGGAUUAAUCAGAAAAAUGACGCCCAGGCUAAUGAAUGUUCUGCCAAAGACCCCCCAGCCAAGGCCCAGGACGUCCACAUCCACUGCAUCCUGGACCCUGUACAGGUCAAGAUGACCCAACCCACACGCUGCUCCUCUUCCUCCUGCUACCAUCCCCGCAGCCGCCGCAGUCGCCAACGCCAACGCCGCCAACGGAGUCGCCCCUGCAGCCACCAGCAGAGGCCGCAGAACUACCGAUGGUUCCCCCCUGGCUGCUCACUCUUCCGUCACCAACAUCACAACCACAAGAAGUCACAGCCACAGCCAGUGCCCUUCUUUGACAGAGAGGACUGGGACUCCGACCUGGAGGAGGAGGAAGAUGACCUGUCCUUCCCCCAUCCCAAGUGCCCACGUGGGGGCUGGGCUGGGCGCUACCGGCAAAUGGCCCUGCCCUCCAAUAUGGGACUGUGGGGCCGCCAGGGUGGAAUCCUGGCCAGCCUGCCACCGCCUUCGCUCUACCUGUCACCUGAGCUGCGCCGCCUGCCCAAGCGUGUGGAGGCCAAGUCCGAGCUGAGGCUGCAGUCCUACGGGCCCCGUUACGCACACUCACAGUCCCACGUUUGGGGCAACCAGGAGGCUGAGCAGCGGGCCCCGUCUCCACCACCUUCCCGCCGGCUGCCCCCUAAUCCCUCCUGUGCUCCUGGAGGACACAGCCCUUAUCCCUCAGGGGGCCAGAUACUGUGUGACUCCUGGGAUCAGUGGCGGCACGGCGUGGAGGACGCCGAGCCCCCACCUGUCUUGGCAUCCCGAAACUACCGGCCGGAAGUUCAGGUCUACCGGGAAUACUACUCCCCACAGUCCCACCGGCGAAGCCUCCCUGGCCAUGCUCACAGCCAGCCCAACCGCAGUCCCCACCCAUCCAUGGGACACUUGGGUUACAGCUCCCGGGAUCCCCACGAACUACGACGCCGGCCCGCUGACUGGGCUGAGGCCCCGGCCACUCGGCACACUCUGACCACCUCCACCUCGCUCACGGUGCUGGGCGAGGCCUCCUGCCAAAGGGCACCGGCUCCCAGCUCCGCCCUGCUCCCACAUUCCUCCCAGCCCCUGCCGGAAGUCCAGGCUGCUGAUCCCGCCCCACCCCCGGCCCCGUUCAUUCCACUCAGCCGGAACCCAGGCGGCAAUGCCAGCUACCAGGUGUAUGACAGCCUGGAGCUGAAGCGGCAGGUGCAGGAGGGCAGGGCGCGCGCCAGCUCACUGCCUCCACCUUCCAGCUCGGCCUCCAGGCCCUCCCUGCACAGGAGCCGGACUGGGAAACUGAAAUGAGCGGCGGGCAAUGUGGGUGGGUGAGAAGAAUAAAGAGAAACAGAGUCCAGGAAGCGCGGUGGAGGUCUGUGACUCCGC